AUGCGCUUGCGCGGUAAGUGGAAAUUUCAUGUGGGCGCCAUUCACGAUAUCUGGGAUGCUCUUCGUACGGCGGCUCUUCACUUAAUCUGGAAAGACCGCAAUCGAUGCUUGUUUGAUGGACGGUUGCCUACGCCGGAACUCCCUGCAUUGUCAGCCAUCUUCACGACUUUGGAGGCGCACAUCCGUUUUUUUUCACGACAUAUUUACGAGCGAGACCAGUUGUCGGCCUUGUUCAUGAUCGUGCGCGUGAUGAAAACUUACUCUUUACCCGGACUCUUUACGCAUAUGGACACUGAAUUUACGGCCGACCUCCACGGUUGCAAGUGGCUCGAGCGGGAAGGUAUGGCGGUACCAUCCCAGAGGUCACUGGUUCGAUCCCCGGCAGGGACGGAAGUUAAGCCUUAG